AUGAUCGCUCGAGUCUCCACGACCUCGACGGUGACCGCGCGCGCGUCCGCGAGACAAAACAAGACGGAACGCCGCGACGCCGCGGUCGUUCGCGCGAACGCUAAGGAACAAGCGUGCGCGGCGGUGCUCGCGAUGACGGUCAUGGCGAGCCCGUUGGCGAACGCCGCGGUCGAGGUGGCUCAGGUCGCCAAGGGCGACACAAAGUCGCUCGCGAGCGAUUUGUUCGCCGAGCAACAAACCAAGUCCACGCCGGCUGCGCCGAAGAAGACGAAGCAACUCGCGUCUCCUUCGAUGCCGAAGGCGCCGAGCUUCAGCGCGCCGUCCUUGCCGAGCUUCAGCGCGCCGUCCAUUUCGUUGCCGUCCUUCAGCACGGCGAAGAAGACGGACGCCAAGGCGCCCGCGGCCAAGGAAGCGCCCGCGCCGAAGGCGAAGAAGGAAUCCGGUGCUGGCCCUAACUUGGCUCUCACCCUGCUCGUUCUCUUCUCCCCUCUCCUCGCCGUGCAAGCGGUCUCUUUCCAAACUUUCGCGCGCAUCGCGAAGCAAAGUGCGGGCAAGUAA